AUGGCGAUGGAAAAAAUAGGCUAUUUGUCUUUUGCAGAAGGGAAAAACUGGUGUUAUGCCUCACAGCAGUGUAAAGACCCAGACUGCAAAGAGCCUCGUCUAUGGGCAAAGGUAGACUCAGAAUGUGGGAAUGACAAACAAUCUCCGGUUAAUAUUCUCACCCGGCAAGUAACCUACAAUGAAUCUCUGAAAGCGUUUAAUUUUAUAAACUACAACGUCAAAUCCAAUAGGAAAUGGACCAUGGAAAACAAUGGACACACAGUCAUCGUCCAGCUGGAUCAGUCGGGGAAGGUAGAACUUGGGGGUCUGAACGGAAGAUACAAGGCGGUGCAGUUUCAUUUCCACUGGGGCAGCGAGGUAGGGAAGACGCAGAGUCCUGGAUCCGAACACAGCAUUGACGGAGAGAGGUAUCCCAUGGAGGUAAAAGCACUCAGGAACAUCCCAUCUCCAAACUCUGGGGGAAAAGUAGACAUUCCAGCUUUGGCCCUGGAAUCCCUGAUCCCGGACGAGAAGGAUCUCACCAGCUUCUAUCGCUACACCGGCUCUCUGACCACCCCUGGUUGCAAUGAGGAGGUGGUCUGGACCUUGUUUGAGAAACCCAUUGAACUUGGGGGGGAGCAGAUCCAAGAGUUCUGGGAAAAGGUGUAUUUCGACAGUGAGAAGAAACUUCCCAUGGUGGACAAUUUUCGACCAGUUCAGCCUCUAGGCGCCCGAAUUGUCGAAAAAUCAAACUCCAACCUCCUCCUGCCUCUGAGGAAGGCGCUCUUGCUGGUCCCAACCGCAGCGUUGCUGGCCUUCGCUUGGAUCUCCUGAAGAGCCAGCUGGAACAUUCGAACCAUUCGCAUUGAAUGGCCCUUGGCCUCCUCUCGGAAGCCUUCGGCCCUUGGCAUCUCAGCAGCCGCAGUCUGGAAUCUCUUUCACAGGGAUGGCCAGGAUUUCAUAGCAGAGACAGAUUUUGGGAUGAUGCUCUCCUGCGUUAGAUCGAUCCAAUGUGCCACGCAUGAAUUAUUCUCGUGCAAAAAUCAGGCCAUGCAAAGGAUGCAUGCUUCUUCGCAAUAAUUUUAAGUGACCAAACUUAAGAAUAUUAUUCUCACCUUGUUCCCACUUUCCAAUUAUAAAUCUCUGUUGGGGUAGAAAGUUGGUUUCUUCUUCUCUUU